AUGAUCGGAAGGUGCUUUGUCGAGCAGCAGCAAGCAACAGCAAAGCGGUCUGCAGUUGGAUAUUCCGUUCGCACAUCGUCUCCACUUGAUCUCCUGUGUCGAAAUCAUUCCUUCUUGAUCACCACGAUUCUCAACUACCUAUUCCUACCGAUCGUCACCAUGGCUCCUUCUCUCUUCCGCGCCGUUCGACCGGCAGCUCAGCUGUGCCGACCGAGCGCAAUCUCAUCGUCCAGCAGGCUUCUCUCCACCACCGCUCGCCGUUCGCUCGCCACCGAAGCUCAGGAUGCCAACCCUGCCGCCAAGGCGGUGCCCACUUCGCCCGCCACUUCGGCUUACACUGUCGAAGAGCUCCACGACAAGAGCGCACAGGAGAUUCUUCGAGAGGGCGGCACCAGGAAGGAUCGCUCGCUUCGUCACUUUACCGUCAACUUUGGUCCGCAGCACCCUGCCGCCCACGGUGUGUUGCGUUUGAUUCUCGAGCUCAACGGAGAGGAGAUCCUUCGAACAGAUCCCCACGUCGGUCUCUUGCACCGAGGUACCGAGAAGCUCAUCGAGUACAAGACCUACACACAGGCGCUCCCCUACUUUGACCGACUCGACUACGUUUCCAUGAUGACCAACGAGUUGUGCUACUCGCGAGCCGUCGAAAAGCUUCUCAACAUCGAAGUGCCCGAGAGGGCCAAGUGGAUCCGCACCAUGUUUGGAGAGAUCACGCGUAUCCUCAACCACUGCAUGGCCGUCCUCUCGCACGUCAUGGAUGUCGGUGGUCUCACACCUUUCUUGUGGGCCUUCGAAGAGCGAGAGAAGCUCAUGGAGUUCUACGAGCGUGUUUCCGGCGCGCGUCUGCAUGCAGCCUACGUUCGCCCCGGUGGUGUGGCGUACGACUUGCCCCCUGGAUUGCUCGACGACAUCUACAAGUGGGCUACGCAGUUCGGUUCGCGAGUCGAUGAGAUCGAGGAGGUGGUGACAGGCAACCGUAUCUGGAAGGGCCGAACCAUUGGUAUUGGCAAGGUGACUGCACAGGAGGCGCUCGACUACGGAUUCUCGGGUGUCAUGCUGCGAGGAUCGGGUAUUCCAUGGGACAUCCGCAAGGUGGCUCCGUACGACGCCUACGACCAGGUCGAGUUCGACGUGCCCGUCGGCAAGAACGGAGACUGCUACGACCGUUACCUCUGCCGUGUCGAGGAGUUCCGUCAGUCGCUGCGCAUCAUCGAGCAGUGUCUCAACAAGAUGCCCGCGGGUCAGAUCAAGGUUGACGACCACAAGCUCGUACCACCACCGCGUGCCACCAUGAAGGAGAGCAUGGAGUCGCUCAUCCACCACUUCAAGCUUUUCUCGGAGGGCUACGCCGUGCCGCCCGGCGAGACCUACUCGGCCAUCGAGGCUCCCAAGGGUGAGAUGGGCGUCUACCUCGUCUCGGACGGCACCAACCGCCCAUACCGAUGCAAGAUCCGUGCGCCCGGUUUCGCCCACUUGGCAGGUGCCGAUUUCAUGGCGCGCCACCACUACAUUCCCGACAUGGUGGCCAUCAUUGGUACGCUCGACUUGGUGUUCGGUGAGGUGGACCGUUAA